AUGCGUACCUGCAGUUUGCCGGGGAAUCGGAUCAGCCAUACGGGGGAUGUCGGCGUCAUGCGCGAGUUGCACGGAUCAUUUCUGACAACCAACACGAACGCUUUGGUCAAUGCACACAAGUCCAAGAUCUUCCAUCACGGUGGGUGGGACGGUAUGCCCAUGACCAGCAACGAAGACGGUAAUUCAGCCAUUAGCCCCUUUAAUUUGGACCCCGAUACUCUGACCACAGAGUACGCGACCGAGAACUUUGGCACUAACACGGUGCACAUGUCGGCAUUUACAUGCGACCGCACCCUCUCCAAUGUCGGUGAAUAUAAAUACAUAUGGGACUCCUUAGUCAAGUUCAUACAAGAAGGAUAA